GCGGCCGCUGAGGAAGCGUGGCCCCUCCGCCGCACCGUCCGUACCCAUGGCAACAGCGGAACCGCGGCCCAGGCAUGGCGGCCGCGGGCAGCCCCAGCGUGUUCCUGGUGUCGGUGACCGGGCAGAUCGAGAGCGGGCGGUUCCCGGGGUUCGAUGACCUCUACUGCAAGUUCUGCUUCGUCUACGGCCAGGACUGGGUCCCCACCGCGGGCCUGGAGGAGGGCAUCUCCCAGAUCACCUCCACGAGCGACGUCUCGCCCACCACCCUCGUCUGGAACUUCCCCAUCGACAUCACCUUCAAGAGCACCAACCCGUCGGGCUGGCCCCAGAUUGUCAUCAGCGUCUACGGACCCGACUUCUUUGGCCAUGAUGUGGUCAGAGGUUAUGGAGCUGUUCACGUCCCCUUCACCCCCGGAAGGCAUACGAGAACCAUCCCUAUGUUUGUUCCAGAGUCCACAUCCAGGCUGCAGCAGUUUACAAGCUGGUUCACAGGGAGACGUCCGGAAUUCACUGACCCCAGAGUGGUAGCACAGGGAGAAGGGAGAGAAGUGACCAGGGUGCGCUCUCAAGGCUUUGUGACCAUCUCCUUCAACGUAGUGACCAAGGACAUGAAGAAGCUGGGCUACGACGUGACCCCAAGUGACAUGCAGGACCCUUCCCAGGGGCCUCUGACAGAGGGGAUGCACAUGUACUGAGCUGGGCCAUGAGGGCUUCAAAGGCUGACAGAGGUCAGAGCUUUGGGGCUCGCUGUGGCAAAGUGAAAUGAGCACCUGCCUCAACUGAGAUAUCUCAUUGGAGACAUCAAAAUGUCAUCAUUAUUAGGAAUAAUUUCAUUAUUCCAAAAGAAACAGAACCCUGUGAGGCUUUGGAACAAUUACUGUCAUCCUUUCAGUAAGAUACAGGUUGAAAUGGUAUGUAAAU